UCGCAGACGCUGAGGGCGGCGCUCACCAGUGUUUGGAAAAUGUCUCCUCAAAGCGAAGACGGUGGACAGCACGAAAAAUCGUUUAGAGGCUUCAGAAGAAAAGUAACUGAAAGUGUUUGAAAGGUGUGGGUAACUAUAUCAUGCGGAAAAGACGCCCAGCAGCUGGUUUAACCACACAUGGGGUUUCUGUCUUUAGUAGCAAACUGUAACUGUUAACGUCGCUGUGCAUUUUUUGCCGUGACUUUCUUCAUCUUCUGCCUCAACAUGUGGAUGUAGGUGAGUAUGAAGGCACCUUCACGUUGUUCGCGGUCGCUGUCUGGUGCUGCUGCUUUGAAGUUGGCUGUGUGACAAAGUCUAUGCACAGAAUUCAGCAAGUUAAAAGGUCUGCUGAGUAUUUAAUGAGUUGACUGUGACCACAGAGGGCAGAUGCUCCAAUUAGUGUCCCGUCGACCAUGGCGGUGCUCCUCUGCUGCACUGUGGAGGAGAUGGUGCACAGCUGCAGCCGAAGCCAAGAUCCAGCAGAGCUCCAGAGAGACCCGCAUGAACCCCCUCAACAUCCAGAUGCUCUCCAGGAACCUGCAAGAGCAGAUCUUCCGCAGCUCAACGCAGGAGUACUCGGAGGAGGAUGUGAAGCGGAGCAUUGGGCAUUUGGAGGCGCAUAAACUCUGGGGGAAAGAGGCAGUUCUGUUGCCUGAUGUGGAGCUAAAAUUGCCACCGAUGUAUGGCGAUGACAUUGACAGCCACUUUCGCCUUCUGGCCCAGAAACAAAGUCUGCCUUAUCUGGAGGCGGCCAGCCAGCUCCAGCAGACAAAACUCCCUCAGAUGCCCCCAAAAUGGGCUUGGGAAGUGGGCUGGACGCAGUACAGUUUGGAUGGAGAGUGCAAGAAAGUGGAUUUCCCUGAAGAGAAUGCUCUGGUUUUUGAUGUGGAGGUCUGCAUGGCUGAGGGUCACUGUCCCACCCUGGCAGUGGCUGUUUCUCCAACUGCCUGGUACUCAUGGUGCAGUAAGCGUCUGGUUGAGGAGAGGUACACCUGGUCCAGUCAGCUUACACUAGCAGACCUCAUCCCGCUGGAGACUCCACCAAACUCCAGCAGGCCUAAGAAUAGAUUGUGGAAGGAAAGGCUCGUAGUGGGACACAAUGUCAGCUUUGACCGAGCACACAUUAAAGAACAGUACCUUCUGAAAGGCUCAAAGAUGCGGUUCCUGGACACAAUGAGCCUCCACAUGGCUAUCUCAGGACUGACAGGUUUACAGCGUUCUCUCUGGAUGGCCAACAGGUAUCGGAAGAGACAAGGCCUACAUGAAGUCAAGGAACACAUGAAGAAACUUGGUCAGCGACCAAAGGGCCCAGCAAUUGGCUCUUGGGACUGGGUUAACAUCAGCAGUAUUAAUAACUUGGCUGAUGUACAUGCUCUCUAUGUUGGAGGGGAUCCCCUAGAGAAAGAGCCCAGGGAUAUUUUUGUGAAGGGCAGCAUGAGUGAUGUUAGGAACAAUUUCCAGGAGUUGAUGCAGUAUUGUGCUACAGAUGUGCUUGCCACACAUGAAGUGUUCACCGAGCAGCUGUCUCUCUUCAUGGAGCGGUGUCCUCAUCCAGUGACAUUUGCAGGGAUGCUGGAGAUGGGUGUCUGCUAUUUGCCUGUCAACCAGAGCUGGGGUCGGUAUUUGGAGGAUUCCCAGGAUACAUUUGAGGAGCUGCAGAGAGAGAUGAAGAAAUCUCUGAUGAUUCUGGCAGAUGAUGCUUGCCAGUUAAUGCAGGAUGACAGGUACAAAGAAGACCCAUGGCUGUGGGAUUUAGAGUGGGAUGUUCAGGAGUUCAAGCAGAAGAAAAUACCCAUGAGCAAGAGAAAGAAAGCUGAGCAAGAGGCUGAGAAAGCAGCCACAGCUUCCAAAAGAGAAAGUCCAGAGAAAGACUGGGAUGAAGAUCCAGGACCCCCAGAGGAGGAGGAGCAGGGGAGGUCGGACCCAAGCAGAGAGCUUGUGGAGCGGCUAAAGGGGACAGUAAGCUGCCUCCCUAAGAGGAGGCAGCACAUGCCCGGAUACCCAGGCUGGUAUCGGAAAUUGUGUGCACGGAUGUCAGAGAAAGAGAAAGAGCCCUGGUCUCCUGGAGCCAGUCUCAUUAGUCUUCAGAUGAGGGUCACACCCAAGCUGAUGGGCCUGACCUGGGACGGCUUUCCCUUGCACUACGCAGAAAAGCAUGGCUGGGGUUACCUGGUCCCAGGCCGCAAAGACAACUUGGACAUCACAGAGGACACUGAUGGACCUAUGUGCCCCCAUAGAGCAAUAGAGACAAUCUACAGAGAGUAUUGUGAGCAGAAAGGAAAAGAACAGCCACAGUGUCUCAGCAGCUCACCCUCGGAUGACCUCAUGCUGACCGACAGCAGUGUCUGGCAAACGGUGGAGGAGUUGAGUUUGCUGGAGGCAGAGUCUGAGGAUGAGACAGUGCCUAGAACAGUGAGAUCCAGAAAGACCCAGGUAUCAUAUGAUUUGGAAACAGAUAUAAGUGAGUGUCCUUAUCACCAUGGUAACGGACCAUACAAUGACGUGAACAUCCCUGGAUGUUGGUUCUUUAAGUUACCUCAUAAGGAUGGGAAUGAGAAUAAUGUGGGCAGCCCCUUCUCUAAAGACUUCCUACCUAAAAUGGAGGAUGGGACCCUUCAGGCAGGACGAGGAGGAACUAAUGCAGCGCGGGCUCUGGAGAUCAACAAGAUGAUCUCAUUUUGGAGAAAUGCCCAGAAACGCAUCAGACAUGUUGACUAUGAUGAGGAAGGGCAGUAUGGUGCCAUCCUGCCCCAGGUUAUCACUGCUGGAACGGUCACCCGCAGAGCUGUGGAGCCAACAUGGCUGACUGCCAGUAAUGCACAGCGGGGUCGUGUGGGCAGUGAACUGAAAGCUAUGGUACAGGUGCCUCCUGGGUACCACCUGGUAGGGGCAGAUGUUGACUCUCAGGAGCUGUGGAUUGCUGCUGUGCUGGGAGAGUCUCACUUUGCUGGCAUGCAUGGCUGUACAGCGUUUGGAUGGAUGACCCUACAGGGGAAGAAGAGUCAGGGAACUGACCUUCACAGCCGCACCGCAGAAGCUGUGGGCAUCAGUCGUGAACACGCCAAAGUCUUCAACUAUGGCCGGAUAUACGGGGCUGGCCAGCCUUUCGCUGAACGCCUGCUCAUGCAGUUCAACCACCGGCUCAGCCAACACAAGGCAGCCUGUAAAGCCAAACAGAUGUAUGCACUAACAAAAGGAUUGCGCAGGUAUCAUCUCUCCGAGGAGGGUGAGUGGCUGGUUAAGAAUCUGGGUCUGAAUGUGGAGAGGGAUGAAGACGGCACUGUCACCAGAGAGGAAUUACGCAGGAUUUCUAAACUAGCUGGGAAAAGUUCUCAAAAUAAGAGGAGGUGGGACAUGGCAGGCCGCCGAGUGUGGGCUGGAGGGACAGAGUCAGAGAUGUUCAACAAGCUAGAGAGCAUCGCUCACUCAGAGCAGCCUGCCACCCCUGUGCUGGGCUGCAGGAUCUCCAGAGCCUUAGAACCUGCUGUUGUCAAAGAAGAGUUUAUCACCAGCAGGGUGAACUGGGUGGUUCAGAGUUCAGCAGUGGACUACUUGCACCUGAUGCUGGUGGCCAUGAGGUGGCUGCUGGAGGAGUAUGACAUUGAUGGCCGCUUCUGUAUCAGUAUUCAUGAUGAAGUGCGCUACCUGGUUACAAGUGAGGACCGCUACAGAGCAGCACUCGCUCUGCAGAUCACUAACCUGCUCACCCGAUGUAUGUUUGCCUAUAAAUUGGGCAUGAAGGAUCUCCCUCAGUCUGUGGCUUUCUUCAGUGCAGUAGACAUUGACAAAUGCUUGAGGAAGGAGGUCACCCUUGACUGUGUGACCCCAUCUAACCCCACUGGACUUGAGCGCCAUUAUGGACUGCCACAAGGUGAAGCCUUGGACAUUUAUCAGUUAAUCGAAAUUACCAAAGGUUGUUUAGCCAAAGGAAGAUAGCCAGCUCAAACAGCCUUCAAAUAACUGGAGACCUGGAUGACAGCGAAACAUCAAACAAACAAAAAAACAUGUCUGAGUGGGUAAUGGAGGAUCAGAAAGGAGAGUCCAAAAUUUCACUGCUUUCUUCUCUUCUUCUUGGGGGCUUGACUCUCCUCAGAAACUUGAGAGACCUCGGUCUGAAGGAAUAAUGGGAGUGUGUCAUCAUUAGCACAAUCCAUAGCUGCAGUAUUCUUUCUGUUGAUUUCUUUUGAUAGCUUGAUAACUCACCUUAACUGUUAGGGUUGGCAUUGUGCUUUCUAUUUCUAAACGUUUUCCAUUUGGAAGAGUGUCAGAGUAUCCUUUGUAAGGAUUUAUUUUGUUAUAUCUGUUGAUAAUUUGCAUAAUCAACUUUAUUCAAACACAAACCUGAAACAGACUGUUCUGAAACAGAAUGUUCUGGAGUGUGGUUAUUGGCAUUAGAUGAAAUGCAGAGGAAAGGGAAGCAAACCUGCUGGCUCUCCUGCUGUUGCUCUUGCAGGGCAGCCUCAAGCGUGGCAGCGUUGAUCCGGAAAUCUCUUGAAGUGCUCAGCUUCAUGUACUGCAUCAAAUUCACCUGAGGAAAAUGCCACAGUACAUUGUGUUAAACAUUACUGUUAGUAUUCUUUACUGUUACUGUGUGGUAAAGCUUUAUGUAAGGUCUAUCACAUAUAUCCCUAUACCUUUGAUUUCUUGGAGAGAAGAAUUAAAAACUUCUCAUACUGCUCGAUA